AUGGGACUUUCUGGAAUGAUAUUUUGUACAUGUCCUGAUGGACAGUAUACAGUUAACGCACGAUGUAGAUUGUGCGAUAGACCAAAUAUAUGUGGUGCUGGUUAUGGUGCAUAUUGUUUUGAAGACCCAACUACGAACCCAUCUGGCUAUACAUGUUUUUGUCCAAAUAAUCAAUUUACAGUAAACAAACCAUGCUCGGAUAUUACCACAACACUCCCAGUCACAACUACAACAUCCCCAGUCACAACUACAACACCCCCAGUCACAACUACAACACAAGCUACACUGCCAACCGUAUCUGAUUCCUUUGGAAGAAUCAAUGGACCUAUUAUUAUCACAGAAAAUAUGCAAGUAGCUGAACGGGAUCAAACGGCAAUAUCUGGAAACGGGGCAGCACCUGAACUAAUUAAUUCGAACGAUGAACAAACACCAACUGGUCAAUCAAGAUCCCUAUGCGAACAAGAGGGAAUCACAGUUGCUGGAGGACAACAAGGAUAUCAACUUCAUCAACUUUAUUUACCUGAAGCUAUCUGUAUUGACAGCAACAAAACUAUUUUUAUUGCUGAUAUUAUGAAUGAACGUAUUGUUGCAUGGGAAUAUGGUUCAAAUAAUGGUACAGUCAUUGCAAGCUCGAAUACACCAGGAAGUCGUCCCGCUUUUGUAUUGUCUAAGCCACAAAGCGUAAUUCUUGACAAACAAAAGAAUACUUUCAUCAUUUGUGAUAAAGAGAAGAAGCAGGUAAUACGAUGGUUUCGUGAAAAUCAAACGAAUUCACAAAUUCUCAUUUCGAAUAUUAAUUGUUACGGUUUGACAAUGGAUAAAAAUGGUGUCAUUUAUGCUUCUGAUUUUGUGAAGCAUGAAGUAAGACGAUGGAAAGAUGGAGACACAAAUGCAACAAUAGUUGCCGGUGGAAAUGGACAAGGAAAUAAUCUCAAUCAAUUCAAUAGACCUUAUUAUAUUUUUGUUGAUGAAUAUUAUUCUCUUUAUAUAUCAGACUCUCAGAAUCAUCGUGUAUUGAAAUGGGAAAAAGGUGCAAAAGAAGGAGUUGUUAUUGCUGGUGGAAACAAUCAGGGAAGAGAUACACAAGGUUCAGUUGUUGUUGGUGGACAUGGUCGAGGAACAAAAGCAAAUCAAUUAGAUGAGCCUCAUGGUUUAUCACUGGAUCUUGAAGGAAAUAUUUAUGUUACUGAUUCUUCUAAUCAUCGAAUUCAAAAAUAUAAACCAUGUAUUCAAUAA